GUAGAGCGUCGUGUUCGGUAUGUCUUCGGUUCGACGCUCCCAGAUGAAAAUAUAAAAUAAUUGAAACGACAGACCGUCGUAUAAUCUGAAAAAAAUCAGUACAAUCGAAAAAAAACGUAAAAAAUAGACGUCCGCCGGUACCUGACGGUGUUUCAUGAUUACAAAGAUCGAGAGCUGAAACCUUGCGACAAGUGAGAAAGAUCAGUAGUUAAGUUCGUGUUCAAAUUGUACACAUAAAUGUAAACGCGAGCUGCCCUUCAAAUUCCGUCGUUUUCGCGACCCCUACAUGAUCGGAACGGAGAAGAUAAUUUCUGAAGGGCAAAAAUCCGCAACAAAUAAAAUGAAACAUCGGUCGAAAAAUGACUUCGUUUCCGAUCCAUCGCUUCCUUCAUAUUCGGAUGCAGUUUAAAAUUUGAGAUUCUAAUGACGAUGCGACGUAAUCGUGAAAUUAAUUUUCGUCAAGUUCAUUCCGUAGAUGCUCACGAUGCCAAGUGAAGAUUGUUCGUCAAUCCCGCAUGUAAACAUCAUCCGUAUAAAGGUGUGAAGGGUACGCAUAGUGUGUUUACAUGACGACCUGUGGACCUACACUAUUACGAAUACUGUAGUAAAUGAUAAUCAUCGAUAAUUAAGUGAUUGUCUUCAGAAUGGAAUAUCGAAAUAAUCAAAAAUUCGAAUCCAAUUUCCGUUUGAGAGGAUGUUGAAUGAGAAGGAAAAGACGAAAGAAUAGUAAACAUAAAAAAUUACAGUAAUAAUAAUCAAUAUUAAUUGAACGCGACGAUCGUAAUUAAAGUCCAAACAAAAAAAAAAAAAAAGAGAGAGCGGCGAGCCAAAGAAGAGGAAACGGUAUAAUUAAUUGGGAAAACGGUAUGGAGUUGGAUAAAUUAAAUAGAACCCUAAAUUAAACUUGAUGUGCAAAGCUUGCAUGCAUGCGUGGGUCAUUUCACGGCAUGGUUGCAGGAGUUGCAACUACUACACUUAUACACAGAGCGUAAUAAGAUCACCACGGAGUUCACCGAGCUGAGGAGGUGAAUGAUGUGGAGUUCCGUGACAGCUGCGGGAACCGAGAAUGGUCCGGCGCCACCAUCCAGGAGUAAGCACAGCGCGACAUUGCUCUCGGGUCACGUUUAUCUUCUUGGAGGUCGAAAUGGAAACCUACCAUUAAAAGAUCUAUGGCGGUACAGUCUCGCCGACAGCAGAUGGGAGGAGCUUCAUCCCGGAGGCGAAAGACCUUCGGCCCUUCAGGAACACAGCGCUGUCGCUUACAAGGACUGUCUUUACGUGUUCGGCGGAGAACUCGGAUUUUCCGCAGGCACGGAAACGCCACUCUGGGUUUACAACGUCAAGAGCAAUUCCUGGAGGAAAAUAAGGGCACAACGAGGUUGCGCGGUGCCAAGAGGACGUAGAGGACAUACCGCUCUCGUCCAUAAAGGUCAAAUGUUAAUAUACGGUGGCUACCAGGAUCUCAGAGGCAGUUCACCUGAACUCUGGGCUUUUCAUUUUGAAACGGAAUCUUGGCAUCUGCUCUCAUCCAGCGAAUGUGGACCAGCGGCAAGGCACAAACACUCGGCAGUGCUACACGAGGAUGCCGUUUACAUUUAUGGAGGGAUGACGGAUCUUCAGGAAAGAAGCGACUGCUGGAGGUGGGAUGUUAAUACCGCUUCGUGGUGCAUACUAAAAAGCAAACCUGGACCGGGACCUCUUCAUGGACAUGCUGCAUGCAGACUCCCCAGCUGUAUGCUACUUUUUGGAGGCGAAAGCGGGGGGCUACCUACCAAUGAACUUUGGAGGUUUCAUUUUGGCACUGAAACAUGGGAAAAACUGAGCGUGCCUGGUCUGAAGCCUCAACCGCGUGCCGAAAGUGUGGCUCUCGCAGUUUCCGAUCUGCUGCUUCGAGGUUCUUGCGUCGACCAUCCGAAAGCUCGUUUCCGAAAUCAGCGCCCCAGGUUAUCCUCAAACAGAAUAUCGCCCUCCGAAGCACCAACGCGGCCGAGUUUCCUCAAGGAAAUAUCAAAAUUCUCUCAAAUAAACCUUUCCAAAUUAAGCCACCCCACUAAGUGCAGCUACUCGGUACUCAGUGGUCAAGAUGACCAUGAAGAAAGUCCUCAGGAAGUAAACUCCUACUACCCAUUUCAACAGGUGGACGUGGAAGUGGCUGAACCAACGACAGGAAUGGUGAAGUCUCGUAGUGCAAACGCGUUGGCAAGACGCCGUCAGAAGCUUCCGGAACUUCCAAGGUCAACGGUUGAACACCGUUCGACCUCUGGAAUGAUAAGAGAUCCGAUCUCAGUGCCAAAUUUCCGCGCCUUAACGUUACCAACACCUGUAUUAACACCCGUUGAAGCUGCUAGACUGGUAUUCGUGGAUCCAGACGAAGACACCGACGAAGAAUACCAAAAAGACCCGCCGACCUCAAGGUUAAUAGAAGUCGCGGAAGCGGAGAAAAGGGACUUCGCUACGGUUCACCAAGCUUAUCAACCACCGGCACGAGGGGAGAGCUACAGUUCACAUUUAUAUGAAGCAGUUCAGACGCCGAAGACACCAACAGCGCCAACGAAAAUUCCGACAUCAGCAUCUGUGCGAUUCGCUGACCUUGAAGAGGGCGAAGAGUCGACGUCAGAUUAUGCGAGCAUCGAGGCUAGGAGUCCUGGAGAUCCUUUGGGAGACGACGACUGGCUGAAAAAAUCGAAACAAAAAAUAAUACGCGAGGGACAAUUCGGUUUUUGUAACCCAAACUACUUGGGUCUCGAAAUGAAUAUGGAUCCGAAGUAUGCGAAAAUGCUGAAUAGUCCUCCAGACAGCGUUCUAGAGGACGGGCCUGGAAGAUCAGCCUCCCAAACAUUUGAAGAACUACUCGAACUUCAGGAAAUGAGACCUCGGGCUCCCCCGAAAAGCUUGCCUCUAGGAUCACCCUCGAGACGCGCCCUGAGCGCUUCGAGAGCUGAGAGACAAAAAGCCAAAAUGGCUGUAACCGAAUCGAGCACACCUGGUCCCGCGCCAUUAUAUGUUUUCUUAGUUGGCGGUAAGGAGAAAGGCCAAGUUACUGUGUUCGCACGGCCAGUUUCACUUUGGAAACUCCAACUUGCACCACACAUAUUCUAGUGAUAAUCGAUUAGUCUCGUAGUCACGAUAAUCUCUGAAGAUCGUAAGACGGUAUUACGCAUACCAUGGCCGUCGCGGAUGCCUAAAUUUACGAAGAACUGCAGAGAUAACGUGACCCCAAUCAUCGCCAAACGCGAUGCUACUUUAACGAAAUUGAAAUGCCAGAAAUUUACAAACGAUUAAUUAUUAUAUAGAUCAUUCUAGACCUAAACUAACCACGCUCCCUUGAUAAACGCAGAUUAUAUUUUGAAAUAACAACUAUAAAUGACAUUGAUAAUCGUAGAAUAAUUUUGAGCCAAUGAUGAUUGAUCUAUCGAAAUAAGAUCUGCUGUUCGUGUGUAUAAUUACACUGACACGUAGUCAUUAUUGUGUUUAUAGAAAUCGGUUGUGCGAUCAAAUUCAUGAGGUAUUAUACAACGAUCGAUAACGAUUUCUGUACAAAAAAAAAAAUCAAUAAUAAUAGUAACAACAACAACAAAAACAUCAACAACAACAACAACAGCAGCAGUAAUGAUGAUAAUAAUAAUAAUGAUAAUAACGAUAGUAAUAAUAACGAUAAAAUUAGUUACGAUAAUACCUACAAAAGAGAUGAGAGGUUGAAGAAAGAAUGAGAAAAAGAAUUAGUGCCAUUAUCACUAUAAGCUCAAAACAGGGCAAUAUACUAUACACGGAUAGACCGUAUACUUAUAUUCGAGAGUGAUUUCACGAAAAACUGAAGAUAAAAAAGACGUAAAAAUUAUUAUAGUGUAAUCGUAUGGGACUGAAAUGCGCCAAAUUAUUGAUGUAGUAGAAAGUUCUGGGGAGUGAAGUAAUUCUUACAAUUAGGGAAUCUUGGAAAGUAAAAUAGGUAUAUGCAAAAAAUUAUAAUUGACAUAAAGAGCUUACGGAUAACACUCUCAAAUAUCGGAAAAACUAACAGUUAGAGUAAAAAAGAAUAUAAUUAUGAAGUAAUACCGCAACAAUCAAACCAAAUGUUAAACCAGAACAUAAUCGUUCCAUGCGUAACAAUAUCAAACAAAAAUAGAGUAAUCUUAAUUCCGCCAUUUUAUUACUUAUUUUUAACCUAUAUAAUCUAACCUACGGUAUCCGCAAAAGAGUUAAUAAAGAUAAAUGCUAGUCAAAAUAUACUCGGAAUUACUCAUCUAAAUGAAAAGUUGAAUAAAAAGUAAUCGAAUAAAUAAACGCUCUGCCGGACCACAUGUGAGUUCGCUGUAUGAUAGUGAUAACGAUCAUAAUAAUAAUAUUAAUAAUUAUGAUAACAAUAUCCUUAGAUAUGCAUAAAAAAUAUGUGUAAGUAUUUAAAUACAACAAAAGCAGGAAUAAAACUGCUCGCUCAGGAUGUAUAUGUUGCAUGUUGAAUAGUUGUAACUCGUAUACUUGUAUACAUGUAAAGGUAUUUAGGUAAGCCGAAUAAUCGAACAUGUAGUAUUAUAAUUAAUGGUAGUUAAUUGUCAAUUAGUUAUGCUAUACAAUGAUAAAUCAAUACAGUAAUUAAUCGUGAUUUUCACUUAUGUCCAUAGGUAUUAUAAAUGUAUCGUAAAUAAUCGUAUGCCUCAACUUUAUUCAACACAAUUCUAUACAAUCUAUAUAUUUAAGAACAUUGCGAAAUUACUCAACAAAAUUGACGAAUAUAGAAUAUACGAAUUAAACCAUAAGUGAAUAAAAAUAACAACAAACAACAACAGCGACAACAAUAAUUAUAAUAAUAACAAUAAUCAUAAUAAUGAUAAAAUAGACUGUACCUAAAUCGAGUCGCAGAUCAAAGCUCAAUCGAUUAUUCAAAAUUUUACGCUCAACGCUUCUUAUGUCUCUACUCUUUUUCUGAUGCGCGUCAAAUGUCUGAAUUAGAACAUUCGGUGAAUGGAUUGUAAGCUUUGAUAAUUUUGAUCUCUAUGAUAGUGAUAAAAAUAAAUUUACAAAAUUAUCGUGUUUAAAUAGAGAGAAAAAAGAUUAUUAAUUUAUUCGAUAUUAUUGGUUUCUCUAUUUAUGAUCAUCAUACGCAUCAUACAUUUUUGGUAAUUAACAGCGAUGAUUGCGGUCAAUAUUCUGUACGUACGGCCAUAGAUAUAUUGAACAUAUCUAUGGUACGGCUAUUAUUAUUUGAGUGACAUAAUAAUAUUCAUAAUUAAGGUAUGAGUAUUAUAAAUUGAAGUUCAUAACGAUAACAAUAACAAUAGCGAUAGCGAUAGCGACAACGACAAUGACAGCACGAAAACGACAGGGACAACAACAAGAAUAACAAUUACAAUAACAAUAACGAUAAUAAUGAUAUUAAUAGUAAUAACAACAGCAAAAAGAAUAACAAUAAUAAUCAUAACAAUAUCAAAAACAACAAAAAACAUAAUAACAAUAAUAGUAACAAUAAACAGCUAGUCACUUUUUCAAAUUAGGUUUGAUAUAGUAUGAACAGUUAUAAUUAGAUAGAAGUAAUUAGAGCUGGUAGAGCUGACAACGAUACGAUGUAUGCAUUUACAAAAUGUAUAUCUACAUCACAUUGAGGGCUCAGAAUCGGAAGGGCAUAACUCACUGAAAAAAACUUCAGGAUGCUUCCUCGAGAGCUUCAUCUUUUGUUCAACUCAGAAUAAAAUUCAAAGACUUAGAUACUACAUUCGGUACGUACAAGAGCUGGAAUUUUUAGAUUCCAUUCGACUUGUUGUCAGACGGAUAAGAAAUUGAAAAAGUGUGAGCUGGACACCCUUACAGUUCUUAGCACCCUAUGUAUAUUGUAGAUCAUAGAUGAAAGAGUUUCUCGCGUGUAGAAUUUUUACGCCCAAUAAUAAAAAGGCCCACACAUAUAAUCCAUCCAUACACGUAGUAGAAAUUGGCGAACGAAGUAUUCGUUAACUGGACGUUGUUCGGAGUCGCUAUGAUAUUAUAGGUACUUCAAUAUUUGUAUUCUGUAUAGGCGUGCGAUUUUCGCCAAAUUUUGAAUAUAUCAUGUACAGGCCGACUGCAGAAAAGAAUGUGAAACAUAAAAAAAUCCCUAUGCGGCGUAGUAUAAAAUGUCAUAUACAGAUAAAACUUUUUUUUUCUCCUUAGUCUUAACUACAGUCUAUAGAAAAAAUGAAGGUUUCAUCUGCAUUUGGCCUGUCAAAGACGAAUCUUCAAUUUUUAUCGAUGGUCAAAAUACCAUGUUCUGUUUUUUCAAUAAUUUAUUUUCUGUUAGAUCAAUUAUAUCCGUAACGUACUACGUAAUUGUAAUAGAGAAAUCGGGCAAUGUGCAAUAUUAAACAUAUGAAGAGGCGAAAAUCGGAGAAUCGGGUGGGUCGCGACCCAUUCGACAAGAAAACAUUUUACAGUACUUUGAGUUAUCGUCGGUUACACCCGUCUAUCCCCGUAGUUUUCAUAUUUUCGAAAACAAUUAGCUGUCCACUCGAAGCCUGAGAAAAUAUAAAUUUCCAAUUACGCACAUUAUGGUAUAUAUUAAUUUUUUGUGCGUCAUGUUAUACCUAAUCGUGCCACGGUUAAUUAUAAAAAGCAGACAAUAAGAGUCAAAUGAAUGGUAUAGUCUUUAUUUUGUGUUUUCGGAAGUACAUGAAAUUCGACGUGAAGUUCUCAUUUCAUUUUUUUGUUAUUGGUAAUAUAUAAUAUAGAUGAAAAGAUUAGCAUUGAUUUUUGAGCGAUUUUCAACGUCCAGUUAGGACUUGGCUAAAGAUGUCUAAAAAUCCACGUUUUCCAUUUGUAGAUUUGUAUACUGUUUUCGAACAUCUCUAUCUAUAAAUCUUUCUCUAAUUCUCUGUACAAAGAAUUCCAGUAUAAACAUUGUACUUGAAUUAUUUUUCCCAAAUACUGUGAAUACGAAAAUUAUUUUAUUAUAAUCAACAAAUUUUCCCCUCCCAUCUGCACCCAACCAACAGUCGUAAACCCACACUCAUUGUCACCGAUGUAUAUGAAUACAAACUUAUCGUUAGCUUAUGUAUAAUAUAUAUAUUUUGAGAGAGAAAAGAAAAUUAAAUGAAACUAUGAAUGCGUAA